AUGUCCUCAGCCUUUGGCGGGCAACAAUCAGGGAGUAUCUUCGGUGGUGCUUCUUUGGCCCCGUCACAACCGGCACAAACAGGCGGCUUGUUUGGAAGUACGCCGUCGUCACAACCAGCUGCUCCCGGGACUGGAGGUGGUCUUUUCGACAGAGUCACACCUGCAACGCAAUCCACAUCGCAGCCCGAUACUACAGCCGGCACUGGUGGCAGCCUUUUUGAUAGGACUACUCCUGCGACUCAAUCUCAGCAAAGCUCCUCACUCUUUUCAAAUCUGGGUGAUCAGUCGAAACCGGCUAGUUCUGGGAGCAUCUUUGAUACUUCAAAACCACAGAAUACGACGAGUAGCGCGCCAACAAGCAACCUCUUCUCCUCACUAUCCUCGGCACCGCAACAAACGUCAGGUCUUUUCGGUACUAUCAAUCCGCCUGCUUCUAGCCACCCUGCCGGGUUGUCCAUCUUUGCUCCACAACAGCCGCAGGCGCAGAAUCAAAAUCAGAGUGAGCAGCAAGCACAGAAUGGCGCUCCAGCGCAUAGAGCUCCAGGCUACUUUGACAAUUUGAUAGAGAAAGGCAAAAGGAGAGCGCGAGAUGGAGAGCAGGGCCCUGGGUUUCAAAAUCUUCCAAACUUGCAAUUGGGAUUGGGUGAUAUUUCAAAACGGGUUCGUGAGCUUGGAGGCGCAGGCUCAAGAGGAAGGAAGGAACCUGACAGUCGAGCGCACUAUCUGCUUGCUGCAUCCGGUGUCAACAUUGGCACUACACGACGCGAUCUUGACUCUCUUGGAGUAUCGGAAACUUUCACAAACAGAGCCCCUUUCACGGUAACUCCGGAGUUCGAUCCAGAUAAUCGCAAAUACUACGAGCAGCUAGAACAGCGGCUUACGACCCGAAUGGUUCAGGAGGGACUUGAGCGAGCAAGACGCCAAUUUGACGAAUAUCUCGAAGAGAAUGUUGAUAUCAACUGGGAGCAGCAGAGAAAGAAAAUUUAUGAGCACUUUGGGCUUACACCACGGAAUGCUGAGACGGACGAACUUAGCGGUUCCGUUAAAGGAAGCUUUGGACAAUCUGCAAGAAGAAGUAGACUUGGCAGGACGCAGACCUCAAGCCGCCAAAAUUUGAGUAGAAGUAUCUUUGGUCAGUCAAGCCUGCAGAAAUCUGUAAUUGGUACACCUGGAAUAGGAUCUGGCAACGCAACUUUGUUUGCGGAUGUUGCCAAAAAGGGCGGAGGAAAUGCAACCGGUUCUGAGGAUCGCUCUUUGAGGGACAAGCAACGUAAGUAUGCCGAGAGAGUCCAAGCUCUAAACGAAGCGCGAUUGCGGAAGACCAGAACAGUUAGCAUGAAGCGACCAAAAGGAUCCGUGUAUCCCAUUUUGAAAGAAUUCUUGAGUAUCGACAACGAUCCUAGCGGCGACUUGCCGACACAAAUCGCUGCUGCGUACAAGGCUCUCAUAGAGAUCGUCAAAGGAGAGGAUGUCCCGGAAAGAGCCUUUGCACAGGACUACCUUGAUGAAAUGCCAAAUUCUGCGAGGUCUAUGAAGGUGCGGAAACAGAUCAUCGAUGGAUCAAGGAAAUCGCUUGAGAAAGAAUUCUUCGGCCAGCUCGAAGAAAUAGUCUCAAAGAACCCAAGAGAAGCAAACAUUGGUGGUAUACCUACAGCUCUGAGCAAAGUGCGUGCUUAUGUGAGGAUACGGGCGGUGAGAAAAGACCUGGCACCGGAUGGGGCUUUUAUGGCUACAAUGGGCGAAGACUAUUGCUGGGCGCUGAUAUUCUACCUCCUGAGAAGUGGAAUGGUAGACGAAGCUGCAGAUUACGUCGUGGGGAACGCCCCUCACUUCAAAACCAUUGAUCGAAACAUUAUUACCUUCCUCACAUCCUACGCGAAAAGCCCUGAUCGAAGGCUGGAUGGCAGAGUCCAGCGAGAUUGUAACAAUGUCUAUUCGGCUAUGACGAAGACUGCGCCAGGUGACUCAAUCGAUCCCUACCGUGUAGCGUGUUACAAGAUCAUCGGCAGAUGCGAACUCAGUAGACGAAUUCUAGACCAUAUCAAUCAGAGUGUUGACGACUGGAUAUGGCUUCAAUUUAACCUCGCUCGAGAGGCCAAUCGUGCGGAGGAGAGUGCUGCGGAUGUCUAUGGACUCAGCGAGGUUCGAGAGACGAUUGCUGAGAUAGGACAGAGGCAUUUUGAUCAGGGCCAUGACGGGUUUGGAGGCUUUGGCACCUUCUUCCACCUCCAGAUUCUUGGUGGAAUGUUUGAGCAGGCUGUAGCCUAUGUCUACUCCUAUUCUUAUACUACUGCAGUCCAUUUUGCCAUCGCACUUGACUACUAUGGCUUGUUACGCGUUUCAGACUUCUCGGUGUCGGAGACAGAGCUUCGUAAGUGCAGAGCUCGAGGAUGCAUAGAUCCUGCUAACGAUUCUCUAGUCACGUAUAACACGAAGAGUCUCCCUCAGCUCAACUUCGGCAGAAUGAUAGGUUACUAUACUCGCGAUUUCCGAACGAGCAAUGCCGAAGCUGCGGUCGACUACCUUGCCUUACUUUGCUUGAAUGCAGAUCUGCCUGGCCAGCUCGGCAAAUCGCAGGCUGGUCUCUGCCACGAAGCACUGCGCGAACUUGUGCUCGAGACUCGAGAAUUUGCGUUGUUGUUAGGUGAUAUUCGAUAUGACGGGAUACGACUAAAGGGCGCCAUCGAAGAACGUCUUGAAAUCAUUGCAUUAGAAGACCAAGAAGACUUCCUGAAGACCGUCACAGUGCAAGCUGCAAGUGUUGCAGACGAUAACGGUCGCGUCACCGACGCUGUCCUCUUAUUCCACCUUGCUGAAGACUUCGAGAACGUCAUCGCCACCGCCAACAGGGCGCUUUCGGAGUCCUUGUCCAUCGAUAUCGGUGCAGAGCCCAUGCGCCUACAGCCCUUAAAACCCAGAAUGCAAGCCGCUAAAUCCCAGAGUGAAGGCUCUCAGCCCUCAGCGGGGAGCAGUCUCAGCCUGACAUCAGUAGAUGACCCUUACACUCUAGCAAGCAACAUGGUGAGCCUCUACACCAACAACACAAUGUACUUCGCCAAAAUAAAGCCCAAAAGUCGCGAGACCAGCGGCAUCCUCCUCCGGCUCAGCGAGGCCCGAGCUAGCAUUCUCGCCGGUCAGUGGGUAGAGGCUUACAAUCUUAUCGCGGGUCUCCAUCUCCUGCCUCUAGCCGCCAAUGGCAAUAUUCCCAUCAUCCGCAACUCCGCCCAAGCUUUCAACAACCUGCCCUCUCCCAUCUCUCGAAACGUAGGCCCUAUCCUUCUCUGGACCAUCACAUGCAUCAGUCAACAGCGGCACGCACUAGCACAACGACAAUUCGAAGCGGGCGAGAACAAGCAGAUCAGCGACAACUUGCUAAGCGCGGCAAAGGACCUGAUGGUAUUUGCGGGCAUGCUGAAAUAUCGGUUGGGAGAGAAGGUGUGGGAGGCUGUAUGUAAUGUUGGUGGCGAUGCCGGGGCGUAUUAA